CCAUAUAGGGUCGGAAAUCCUAUAGAGCUAGAUCUGGUCAACGACAAUGAAUACGCAUUCGACACGGUCAGGGGCAGAAUCACCCAGGUGUUCGAACCAUUUUCGCGCUCGUGCGUGGUUUCUAUCCAUAUCGAACCACCGGAUGAUAGGUUUCAAGGCCCACUCCUUCUCAAGGUGUUUGAUCGACGCUUUGCAUAUUAUUUGCGCGCAAGGUAUCAUAUGCCAUACUGGACCCAUUCCAUCGAAUUACAAGCCCGAGAGUUUAUCCGCAGCGGUGCAGGCCGCAGCUUCAUGGAUCAGUGUAUUAACAAUAGCCUUCGACGUCCGGACAGCGCAGAGCUGGCGCGGUGGACUGCUGCGCAGAACGAAGCAUAUCUCAACGUGGUCAUGCAAAAGUACUUUAGAACCGAACUUGAGGCGUACCAGAGACUGAAAAGCCUGCAAGGUGAACACAUCCCCAAAUGCCUUGGGAGAGCUUCCAUGGCAUGGAAGCUACCUGAAGACUUCGAGGAAUUUCAGUCUCCUGCCAUUUUGCUACAGCAAAUCGAAGGGUAUCCGUUGGAAAGGCUGGAAUUUCAUGCGAAACCAGUCGAUUGGGACCGCAUCUGCAGAGAUGCCAUCAAUAUUGUGCACCAUCUGAACAGUUGCCACAUAAUCAAUCCCGAUGCCCACCCAAACAGCCUUGUGGUGCGUACAGAUAGCCCGGACACUCCCAGCAAAGUUUUCAUGGUGGACUUUACGCUUUGCAAAUUCCGAUCUAAAGACUGUAGCAUUCGUGACUGGAGGAAACAGAAGGCCGCCGCCGACGAAGAAGGCGCGAUAGGAUAUGCCAUGCAAAUCCUGUUACAAAACAACUACCAUUAUCAGCGCUCGCAGAUGUAUCUGGACCUGGAUAUGGACUUUCUUCCGUCUAUCGCCCCAGCAGCUUAA